UCCGGGGUGACGAGGCGUGUCCUUCCGCCAUCUCUGCGGCGCGGGGUGUGCUGAGGGGUGCGCGCGGCUGAGGGGACCGAACCGGACCCGGACCGACCGGAGCCACCCCGCCCGGACCCGUGCGACUGUCGCCAUGGCUCGGAACGCGGAAAAGGCCAUGACGGCCUUGGCAAGAUUUCGUCAAGCUCAGCUCGAGGAAGGAAAAGUUAAGGAACGAAGACCUUUCCUUGCAUCAGAGUGUAAUGAAUUGCCUAAAGCUGAGAAAUGGAGGAGACAGAUCAUUGGGGAAAUUUCCAAGAAGGUGGCACAGAUUCAGAAUGCUGGCUUAGGUGAAUUCAGGAUUCGGGACCUCAACGAUGAAAUAAACAAACUUCUGAGGGAGAAAGGACACUGGGAGUUCAGAAUAAAGGAGCUAGGAGGCCCUGACUAUGCUCGGAUUGGACCAAAAAUGUUAGAUCAUGAAGGGAAAGAAGUUCCAGGAAACAGAGGUUACAAAUAUUUUGGAGCUGCAAAGGAUUUACCAGGAGUUAGAGAACUUUUUGAGAAGGAACCCCUCCCACCACCUCGGAAAACUCGAGCUGAGCUUAUGAAAUCCAUUGAUGCAGAAUACUAUGGCUACAGGGAUGAAGAUGAUGGUAUCCUGGAGCCACUGGAACAAGAACAUGAAAAGAAAGUGAUAGCAGAAGCAGUGGAAAAAUGGAAAAUGGAGAGAGAAGCACGACUUGCAAGAGGUGAGGAGGAAGAGGAGGAGGAAGAAGAUAUCUACGCUGUCAACGAUGAUGAGUCUGAUGAGGAAGGUGGCAAGGAAAGAGAAGGUGAAGAAGGCCAACCUAAAUUUAUUGCACACGUUCCAGUGCCAUCUCAACAGGAGAUUGAGGAAGCUCUUGUACGGAGAAAGAAGAUGGAGCUGCUUCAGAAGUACGCCAGUGAAACCCUCCUGGCACAGAGCGAGGAGGCAAAAACACUGUUAGGGUUGUAGCACUGCACCAGCAUGUCCUGGCUUUUGCAUAAUCCAUCUAAAAACAACAGGCUCCCAUGUUCUGGUAGCAGACACUUCUAGCUUUGAAAGCUCCUGUGGAUGUUAAGAGUGAAGCUGCAAUGUGUUGGUGGUGUCACUGCUGCUCUGCCCGCUGUAUCCUGACUGUAAGUGUACACUUCUUUCUCACAUUGGGUUUUGCUGAGUUGAAUCCAGAAGUAGCUUAUUCUGUUGUACCUGGUCAGGCAAGAACCUGUUUAGAGGUGCUUUGAUGGCAGAUCUUAGGAGUGACUUCUAAGUGGGUUUGGUUCUUUAUAUAACACGUGCAGUGUGUCCAAAAGCUGUUGCCCUUUUAGUAGCUUGUAACAGUGCCUGGGUGAAUUGCUUCAAUGCUGGAUAUUUCAGCAGCACUUGUAAAUAACACCCAACUUUGCAAUACCUUGUUCAAGUAUUUGUAGUAAAACUUCCUUUACAACCUGA